CAUCACCUGAAACUCAAGAUUUUGGCUCGGAAUUUGUGAUUUCAUUCGCAGAUAUUCACAGGAACUAUAGCUGGCUCUACCUUCCUGAGAUUGAAGAGACAAGUCAAGAAAAGGAUAUUCUAAUAAUAGUCGCUUCGAGGACAGAUAGCUAUGCUCGGAGGAAUAUUUUGCGGCAGACCUGGAUGAGUAAAGCUAACAGCGAAAUUGUAGCAAAUGGGAGAAUGAAGCCGUUGUUCUUGGUUGGAUUGACGCCCGGUGAAUAUAAAAUGAAGAAAAUGGUCAUGCAAGAGGCAAAGCUCUACGGGGACAUUAUCGUCGUUGACAUGAAUGAUAAUUACGAAGAGCUCACCUAUAAGUCGCUGGCGAUCCUUCUCUACGGAGUCAGCAAAGCUCCACGGUACCAGAUGAUUGGGAAAAUCGACGAAGACGUCAUGUUCUUCCCGGAUAAGCUUACAGAGCUCUACGAUCAAGGUUUCAUAGAUGCCACUCCACUUAGAAUUUACGGUUUAAAAAUGCAGUCCGGAGCUAACAUUUUCCGUGACAAGACACAUCGAUGGUAUGUCCCGGAGUCUUCCUACUCUUGCUCCAAAUUCCCCGAGUAUGUCUCGGGAAUGUUGUAUAUGGUCACUUGGGAGGCUGCUCAGCAGAUCAUCAAGUCUACCAAGUAUCGAGAUUUUAUUCAAGUAGAAGACGUAUUUCUCACUGGAAUUCUCGCGGAGGACCUUGGAAUUUCUGUCAAAAACUUGCCGGAAUUCUACAAGUACCCUAGUGACAUCGAAGAAUCCAAUCCAGGAGACGUAAUAGCAUGGCACACCGACAAAGAUGAUAUUCCAUACUUGAAAUUUUUGAUGAAAUACGAAUGA